CAUGUCGUAACUCGUUAAUGGCGUCUGUCUCCGAGAUGUGCUCGCCUUUAGAAAAAUGAAGCGCAGAAGAACUUCUCUCUUGUAAGAAAACGCGGGGUUUCCAUUCGCGGACUUUGUGUCGCAAGCUCCCGGUUGUUCACGUUCCGAUCUCAGUCGUGACGCUCAGCUAGAGAUGAUAAAGCUCAAGUCGAACCAGACGCGCACGUAUGAUGGAGACGGGUUCAAGAAGCGGGCCGCCUGCCUGUGCUUCAGGAACGACACCGAAGAGGAGGUGUUGUUGGUGAGUAGCAGCAGACAUCCAGAUAAAUGGAUCGUACCUGGAGGUGGAAUGGAGCCUGAGGAAGAGCCCAACAUCGCUGCAGUCCGAGAAGUUUGUGAAGAGGCUGGUGUCAAGGGCACUUUAGGAAGGCUCGUAGGAAUAUUUGAGAAUCAAGAUAGAAAACACAGAACGUAUGUGUACGUUCUCAUCGUAACCAAUGUUCUGGAAGAUUGGGAGGAUUCAGUAAAUAUUGGGAGAAAAAGGGAAUGGUUUAAAAUUGACGAUGCCAUACAAGUGUUGCAGUGUCACAAGCCUGUACAGGCCACCUACUUCACAGCAUUUCAGGAAGGUUGUCUGAACAGUAACGGGACGCCUCUAGAGGCCACGAUAGGCGGAGAACUGUCGCCCACCUACGGCAUCAAUCAAAGCUCUGUCUCUGAUAUCAGAUAACUAAUGCAAAACACCAACCCUUUGGAUGCUUCCGUCGUCGCCCUCGCUCUUGUUCUAUUCUUAUUUUGAUUCUUUAAAAAAAAAGACAUCAGUUUGCCAAUGCUUUUUGAAUGCCGGGAAAGUGGCACAAAUGUCACAAAUGUUGCUGGAAAAUUCAAAACGAUGUUUUGGAAAUGUAAUCUUUUUGCUAUCUCCUGUUUAAUUUUCAUUUCAUGCGGACUGUUGCAUGAAACCCACAUACUUUAAGUGCCCUUUAUGUGGCCCAAGUGUGAGAUUAAACCAAUGCAAGAGCUACUUUUUACUGUUGUGAUGUAAAAAUAUACACAUUGUGCGUUAGCAUGUGGCUUUCAGUAUUUUUACACAUGCAUUUUUUUUCUCUUUACAAAUGCGUUUAUAAGAGAAUAUGAAUGCGUGGAACUGUGAGAAGUUAUUAGUUUUGCAUGAGCACUGGUAUUUAUUUGUCCUAUGAGUUUGUGUGAUGCAAUGAAUUUUUAACUUGUACUUCAUGUCCAGUUUUUGCCAAAUUGUAAAUAUCGUACAGGCCUCCAAAAAAAACACAUGGGUGUAAAUGAUUUGACUACCUGAUUAGACUGUAGUGUAAUUCUAUGAUUUCACCUUUUAAUCUAGAACUUUUCCAAACAGCUGAUGUUUUAAGGAAUUUGAGGUAAUAUUGUAAACUCUGAAAUGAACCCCAAUGGUUAAGUAGACUAUUAUAUGAUUUGGUUUUAGAAAGAUUCCACAGGUUUUUUUUACUUUAUCCUGUAAUGGUUAUCUGUAGUAUUUUUGGAAUAGUUUUUUUUAAAGGGAUAGUUCACCCAAAAAUGAAAAAACUUUUGAGCAUGGCUUUCUUCUACCGAACACAAAUUAAGAUUUUUAGAAGAAUAUUUCAGCUCUGUAGGUCCUUACAACACGAGAGAAUAGUGACCAGCACUUUGAAGCUCCAAAAAGCACAUAAGGCUCAAGUGAUUAAAUCCAUGACUUUAGAAGCGAUAUGAUAGGUGUGUGUGAAAAAUAGAUAAAUACUAAAGACCUUUUUACUCUUUUGAUUUUAAGUUUUGGACCCGGUUGACUUGCAUUGUAUGGACCUACAGAGCUGAGAUAUUCUUCUAAAAGUCUUCGUUUGUGUUCAGGAGAAGAAAGAGUCAUACACAUCUAAGAUGGCAUGAGAGGGAGUAAAUUAUGAUUUUUGGAUUGAACUAUUCCUUUGUCAACAUGAAAUCAAAAUUGACCCUAAUAACUUAAUUAAUAUUCCAUGUUCAUUAAGUUCAAUCAACAGCAUUUGUGGGAUUAUAUUAAUUACCAUAAAAAAAUAUUUUGACACGGAUCAUGUUCUUUUUUUUGUUUUAAGAGAAAGUUUUAAUGUUAUAUCAAACUUUGUUGUCAUGUGGAAGUAAAGCAUGUUCACACCAUUUUAAUACGUGUAAUGUUUACAUCUUGUGGCUAUACUUUUGAAACCGUGAGAAUUUUAAUGUUUAUUGACCGGCUUCAUUUACUUCAAUUGUAAGUGUCUCACUGUUUGAAAUUGUUUUUAUCAACAUUAUGCCACAAAUGCUGUCAAUUGAGCUUAAUUUAUGCCUGGUAUUAAACCCGGAAUAUUCCUUAAUACAUGUUCCCAGCCUUACUGAGCAAAAUUCAUUAGUGUUGAAAACGCAUAUUUGUCUUCAUAGUUUUUAAAAAUAGUUUUAGACUAUUGUUGUACAUAAUGUAGCCUCUCUAAAAUCUUACCAAUAUUUAAUGCGGUAAUUGUAAUGCCAGUUAGCAUUAAUGUAAUUAACGUUCCAGCAUUAAUUAAAAUGACAAUACAUUUAAAAAAAGAAGUGUUAACAUUGGGAUACAUGGAGAUGCUCUUGACCUUCAGUCUCCACAUCCUUGUCAAAAAGCCUCCUCAAAUGUUUCGCCCAAUUCUUACAAUCAUGUUGACUAUUUUUGGCUCUAGUACCAUCUGGGACGACUCUAAAAUGAAGCAUAGUUCAGGACUAAAGAGUGAGUUGAAUAGAUAUUGAAUAGUAUAUUAUUUUUUGUUUGAUGCAAUGUGCAUGUACAAAACUGGCUUUGUCUGCACUAACUGUGUAACAGACACAGUUUUUGCAAAAAUUCUUUCAAUUAUAGGAUCUUUAGUGGAUCCCAAACAUUGCCCUAAAAGUUCAUUUUCCCAAUGUGGACAUUAUUAAUUUUGUGACAGAACCUGAUGAGGUUUUUCAUUGUUUUAACCUCUCAGUGACUCAACAUCUUCAUCCACUCAUUUAUUGCGUGACAUUAACAGAGAGCUUUCAGUCUAUAUGCACAAUUGAAAUUAAGGGCAAGCCUUGAAACAUUUUGUUUUAGCCUAUAAAAAAUGUUCAAAUGUCAUCUCUUUUCCUUGGAAACGUCAAGUGCGUCCUCAAAGCCAAACUGUACGCUUUGCAAACCUCUUGGAAAGCAGUGGUUGGCGCAAUACUGUGAAUUUUGAGCCACUGUAGUUAGCAAGAUGUUUUGGUGUCUUUUUAUUUCUCCUGUACAGAUCAAAGACAAAACUUCAAAGUUGAGCUCUUGUCGUUAUUAUGUAUAGAUAUGGUACACUUCAGAUUGCGUCCUGGAACUGCUGAGGGUUAGGCUCAUUUAAUUGACUAAACCGCAUUGUUUUUUGCUCUUCCUGGGCGUUUUAAGUGCUUUUAUGAUGCAAGAUUCUUUAAAUUAGAUUUUUUUAUUGUUAGUCUGACUGCUAAGUGAGUAAUGAUUACCUGAAAGUCUAAAGAGUAAAUGAACAGACUUGUAUCAGUGAUUUCUAAAGUUUACAUGCCUGCGAUUCAGUUUUGUUAACACUAAUGUAAUAGAUUUUACAGCUGAUUGCCAUUUAAAAUCUUUGUAGCAUGAAAUGCCUAAUCUGGACUAAUCCAGAAGUUUUCUUGAUUGGUAUAUGUGAUGGCCAUAAAAUUUUUACCUAUGUAUAGAAAGUAGAAAUGGCUGCAUCAACGUGGUCCCAAGAGUAUAGCACACAUACUGUAUUCUAUUGGUCCUUUUCAGGUUCCUUUUAGAAAACAAGGAUGUGAAAUCUGAUCUGCAGCAUUUUAAGUAUAGAGUUGAUCACGUGAAAGUAAUAUUCCUGGCUAAUAUCUCACAGAUAAAGCACCUUAAAUUGGCCCUGCUUGUGAGGUUUGACUAUGAAUGUAUAUUUUAAUAGGGUAUAUCUUUCCACAGAAAUUGAAAAGAAAAAAAAAAUGCCCAUAUUUUUUUUUUUUAAAGAUUGAAUUUGUUUUCAAUUCGGAUGUUGAAAUUAUUGAGAUCAAUAUACUCAACAGCUGUGACCCUUAUUUUGUACAGUGUACCCUUCACUUGAAUAUUUAGCUUUUUCAUUUUGGACAUUGUGAAAUCAACCAGUUUGAGAAUGUAAUAUUUAUGUGCCAACUAAUAAACACCAGUAUUUCAUCUUAAGGUUUCACUG